GCUGCGUGCGCAAUCUUCUUUCGUUUUUUUUUGUAAUUUGUUACCGGCAAUUUUUUUUUUUUGCUCUAUACAAUAGUAUUCAGAUCUUGCAUGUGCACGUGUUUUUUAUUCAACUAAUGUUAAAAUACUUUUGUGAUUUUUAAAAUCAGUUAAUAAUUUCAUGAAUGCAUGUAUAAAUAGCAUUUGUUAAAAAUGCGACGAUCAAUGAAAUUGGAUGAAGAUGGAAAGGAUGCAAAAGCCCCAAUUACAGGUCGGCGAACUCGAUCACUUUAUUCAGUCGCAGAAUUGCCCUUACGACGUAGUUCUCGUAUUAGCAAACAAAAUGAUACCUCUGAAGUUAUUGAAAUUCCCCGAACUACCAGAAGCCGAAGUCGGUCUUCAACAGUAGAACCUGAAACGGAAACUGUUAAAAAUACAAGACGGGAUGUUCGAUGUGGAUCGGAAACGAAAACGAUAACACCAGGUAGAGUUACUCGCAGAACGAGAGCAAGUUCUGUGACAAUGUCUGAUGAUGAUUUGAAAUCUUCUCUAUCCAAUCUAUCCACUCGGACACAUUUCGGAACUCCCACAAGGUCUCGCAAACGGUUAUCGAUGGCACCUUCUCAACCUUCUCUUGCUGAGGAAACUCAAGAUUUGAAGGAAGAAACCUGUCAGAGUACCGAAGUUCCAGUUAUAGUAAUAGAAGAUGAGAUUUCUGUUGAAUCAGAUUCCGCAACAAUUGGCGAUAUCGAAGAAGUUGAUUCCAUAAACAAGGACAAGAUGAGUCCUUCAAAAUCAAAUCCCAAUGACACUAAAGCAUCUGAGGAUGAUCAAUCAAAUGGCUGUGAUGAAAGUAAAUUAAUCGACUCAUCAAAUUCAUGUAAUAAAUCAAUUGAUAAACUCACGGAAAAUACAACAAAAGAUUUAUUGAAGGAAAAACCACUUGACGAAGUGAAAAAAAAUUUAACUUCAAUACACGAGAUUGACAGUGAUUCUGACGUUGAUGUUUGUGGAUUGACAAAUAAACCCGAUGACAUUUCUAAAGUGGCUAAAAACGAGGAUAGCGACGAAGAAAUUGAUGUUUGUGAUAUGAAAACGACUGAAAAGGAGAAGGAGAAUAUUGAGAAUCAAGAAGUUGUUGUUGUUUUAGAAGAUGUUUUAGAAAAAGUCAAAAUAAACGCCUCGUAUGUGAAAAUGAAGCAAUUAUUUUUCUCAAAACGAACGGAGAAAAUUCACGAGAGACGAAGUAUCACUGAGGGAGUGAAUGCAAAUGUUUCACUUCCAAAGAAGAGAAACAGUUUAUCGGCAGAAUUAGUUCGUAAAAUUGCUGGACACAUAACUGACAAUGUUGAGGAAGAAAUCGAUAAUUUAGAAAAUGAAUCAGAAAAAACAGAAACUGAAACAAAAAUAGAAGAAGAUGUAAUACAAGAAAAAAUAUUAGAAAAGGAAAAUGAGGAGGAAAAUUCUCAAAAAACAAUAGAAACAAUAGUUCUUGCUUCAGAAUCCGAAGAUACAGUCUCAAAUGCUCAAGACACGGAAUGUUCUAUUAUUCCCGAAACUGAAUGUGAAUCGGAAACAGAAAAAUCCAAUGAUCUUCUCUCAAAUGCAGAUAGUCAGGCAAAUGAACAAGAAAUAUCACCAUCGACACAGGAAGAUUCUUUUCUCAAAGAAAUUGAUCAAUUUUUGGUUGAGCCUACAGAGAAAGUGGAUAAAGCUCAAACACUUAAAUCUCCCGUGAAAUUAUUUCAAGAAGUGAGUCCAAAGAAACAAUUUUCAUCUUACGAGAGUCCAAAAAAUGUUGCAAACACUCCAAGCAAAGAAAGUCCAAGAUUGAUGCGAAAAAUUUCGAAAUCACCGAAAAUUUCCAAUUCUCCUGGAAAUAUUUGUCAACAAGAGAAAAAUUCUUUAAUUGAUGAUGAUGCUGAAAAAUUGGAAAUUUCACCGAAAAAAAAUUCUUCAAUUAAAACGCCGAUUAAAAAUUUUGUUGAAAAAUCAAAUUCUCCAAUUAAAACGCCAAUUAAAAAUUCUGUUGAAAAAUCAAAUUCUCCAAUUAAAACGCCAAUUAAAAAUUCUGUUGAAAAAUUAAAUUCUCCAAUUAAAAAUUCCGUUGAAAAAUUAAAUUCUUCAAUUAAAACGCCAAUUAAAACGCCAAUUAAAAAUUCUGUUGAAAAAUCAAAUUCUCCAUCUAACGAUUCGUAUAAUUCAAAUAGUGUGAAAAAAUCUCCUAAAAAUUGCAAAAUUCUUGAUACACCUCACAGUGAAGAAGAAAGUAGUGUUAAUUUAAAUUUGACAUAUGAAAGUGAAUCGGACAGUGAAAAUUUAAAUGUUCCGGCAGCAGAAGAAAAUUCGGAAUUUUUGAAAAAAAUCGCUGAUAAAAUUGACGAUAAAGAAGAUUCGGCAAUUGAAACAGACAAUACAAAUUCGGAUAAUGAAUUAGAAACUAUUGACGAAAAUGUUAGCAUUAAAAAAAGUCCAGAAAAAUUAUCAAUUGAAGUGAAAAAUUCUCAUAAAAAUAAAAGUUUUGAUUUAAAUGACGAAGAAAAUACAAAAAAUGAAUCAUUGAAUGAGGAAAAAUUAAAAUUAAUUUCUCAGCAAGAGGAAAAGAUAGAAAAUAAAUCAAAUGAAUCGGAAAUUUCUGAAAGUUUUCAAAUAGAAGAAAUUUCUAAAUCAAAAUCCAAUGAUUUGGAAAAUUCGAAUUCAAAUUUAAAAGAGAAUAUUUCUACGAACAAUGUCGGGUCGAAUAACGAUUUUAAAAUAGAUUUAGAAAAAGUAAAUUUUGAAAGUCAAAUUUCUCCAUCAUUGGAAAAUAGAAGAUCUUCUAUUGUUGCAGGAUCGCCAGAAAAGCAGACAACGGAAGAUGACGACGCACUGUUUUAUUUCGAAGACGUCACUGCCGAGGAAUUUACCACUCAAUCUAAAGAUGAUUUUAUUCUCCUCGAUGAUGAUGAUGAUGAUGAGGAUGACGACGAUGAUAGUGAAACGAAAACGAAAAACAAAUCUAACAAUGACUCUCCUAUUACGAUUUUGCAGAAGGAUGAAAAUAAACACAAAAGAUUGUCAAUUGAAUUUAUUGAAGAAAUGGAAACUAAAAAUGUUUCAGACAAAUCGAUUGACGAAUCUCCAGAGGAAAAAUCCGAGAAAUCUUUCAAGGAAUUAGACAAAAAUUCUUCAGUGAAACUAAUUGAUGAAACAGCAUUAGAAAAAUCACCGGAAAAAAUAAUUAAAAAAUCACCAAAACAUCGUGAAACUCCGCAAAAAAUAAUGGAAAAAUCAUUAACGAAUCGCGAAACACCUCAAAAAAUAAUUGAAAAAUCACCAAUGAAUCGCGAAACACCGCAGAAAAUAAUUGAAAAAUCACCAAUGAAUCGUGAAACACCGCAGAAAAUAAUGGAAAAAUCGCCAACAAAACACCGCGAAACACCACAAAAAAUAAUGGAAAAAUCGCCAACAAAACACCGCGAAACACCACAAAAAAUAAUGGAAAAAUCACCAACAAAACACCGCGAAACACCACAAAAAAUAAUGGAAAAAUCACCAGAAAAAAUAGUGGAAAAAUCACCUGAGAAAAUUACUAGAAAAUCACCCAAAAAAAAUUUAGAAAUCAUUGCUGACAGCAAAAAACAAGAAAAAUUAUCACCGUUUAAGAAAAUUGAAGAAAUUAAUACCAAUGAAAAAGAGAAAAAAAUAAAUCGUCCAAUUGUGAGGAAAAUUGAAAUUUUUAAAGAGAAAAUUCCCUUAAAUCAAUUGUUUAAAGAAAAAAAGAUUUUACUACAUUCAAAUGAAAAAAUUUCGGAUAAAAUCAAUGUAAUUGAAAAAACAAAAAGUCCUCUAAAGACGAUUAAUAAAAUUUCAGUUCAAGAUUUUAUUCAUCAAUCGACAAAAUCAAAUUCACCAUUUUUCAAAAAACUCGACGAUAAUUUGAAAAAGGAAAGUAAACGAAAGAAAACACUUCCAGCAUUUAUAAUGAAUCAAACAAGCAGUGAUGAUGAUGAUGAUGAUGUUGACAAUGAGGAAAAAUUAACAAAAAAAUCUCAUUUCCCGAAAUUUUUAGAUAAAUUUGAAAAUGACAGUGUCGAUAACGAUUCAAGUUUUGUCAAAGAAAAGAAAAAGAAACGAAAAAUUGAUAAUAAUGAAGAUAAUUCUUUCGCUAAAGACAAGAGUCAAAAGAAGAAGAAAUUAAAGAACAAAGAAGAAGAAGAAGAAAUAAAAAUUGUGGACUCAGAAGUGAAUUUAAAGAAGGAAAAGAAGAAAAAGAAAUCAAAAUUAUUUAUCGAGGAACCAGGAGAAGAAAUAGAAACUGUAAUAAAGGAUAAAAAAUCAAAGAAAAAGAAGAAGAGAAAAGAGAGUGAAACAGAACAUGAAAUACUUGAAACAGAAGAGAAUUUUGAGAAAAUCACAACAGUACAAGAAACCGAAUUUUGUCCAACGGAAACUAAUUCCGAGAAACGAAAGAAGAAAAAGAAGAAAUCGAAGAAAGAUAAUGAAGUCGAGGAGAAAGAAAUUGAAAAUCCAGAGGAGUUGAAAAACGAAGAAACACUAGGAAAAUUAAAAAAGAAAAAGAAAACUUCGAAACUUGCAAAAGAAAAUCAAGAAGAAGAAGAAGUUUCCGAGAAACAAAAAGAAGAAACCCUACAUAGAAAAAAGAAAAAGAAAUCGAAAAUUGAUCAAGAAGUGACUGAAGAAAAUCAAGAGGAUAAAGAAGUUAAAAUUCUAAUGAAGACCAAGAAUGAAGAAAUUGAAGCUACAGAUUUUGAGAAACGAAAAAAGAAGAAGAGAAAAUCAAAAAUAAAUCAAGAAUUAACGGCAGAAAAUGACGAGACUAAAGAAGUUGAAAAUUUAAUGAAAAAAGAAACUUCUAAAAAGAAGAAAUUAAAAAUUGAAAAAGAAACAGAAGUAACGGAAGAAAAACAGAAAGACAAAGUAAAAAGUGAAAAAACAAUUGAUACAAGUUACAAUACAAAAAAGGCGAAAAUUGACAAUAAAAAGAAUCUUACAAAAGAAACAAAGAAUAAAGAAUCAAAAAAAGAACUAAAAGAAGAAAAUAAAACUCAACUUUUCAAUAAAAAUGACAAUUGGUGUAUUGAAGAUUUCAAUUUACAAUUAUCAACAACUUCAAUUGAGAAAAAUACCGGAUUUCAAGUUGAGAAAAUCAACAAAGAAAAAAAUAAAUUGAAAAAAAAGAAAAAUGUCAAACAAAAACUUGAAUAUUCAGAUGAGGAAUGUGAAAUUGAAAAGAAAUUUAUGAAAAAAACAAAAUCUGAAGGUUUAAAACGAUUAUCACCCGAAAUUAUUGCAAAUCUACCGGAAAAACGUCAAAAAUUAGAUAAAAAUUUAUCUCAACAGAAAAUAAAGGAAAAUAAAACGAAUAAAAAAAAUGAAUUAAAUUCUUCAAUUGAAAAGAAACAAGAAUUUUUGAAAGUGAAAGAAAAAAAUAUGGGAUUUGAAAAUGAAAAACAAAAGAAUAAAGAAAAGCAAUUUGAUUGGAAGCAAAUAAUUGAGAUGCAAUUAAAUAAAAAACAAAAGAAAGAAAAAGCUUCAUUUCAAAUAAAAAAGAAAAAUAAUAAAAAUCUCUUUUUUGAUACAAAACAAGAAAAACUUAUUGCAUUAAAUAUUUCCAAACAAAACAAGGAGAAAAAUGAGAAGCAAAAUAAAAUGAAAAACGACACACUAAUUGGAAAACAAUUACCUCAGGAAAUGAUUAAAAUUAAUUCACAAGAACGCAAGAAACAAAAUCAAGAAUCGAGUUCAAAUACAUUGAAAAGAAAAUUAAAACAAAUCUGCAGUGAAAGACCAAAAAUGAUAUUUAAUCCGAGAAAAUGAAGAUACGACGAAAAAUACGAAUACGAAUUUCAAAAUAAUUGUAUUUUAAUUCCAAUUUGUUUUAGACGUUAAAACUUUGUUUUUUUUAUUAUUAUUAUUUUGUGACUUUUUAAGUAAAAAUAGUUGUAUAAUUGUUAGUUAGUGACUAAAUCGAUUUAAUUGGUUAAAAUAAAUAAUUUUUGCAUUCAUUUAUAAAACAAAAACAAAAACUAUAUUUUUCUAAUACGUUUAAAAUAAAAUGUACAUUUACCAAAUAAAUAAUUUACAUUUUUCUUAGAUAUUAUGUAGUUAACAAAAGUAAAAUGCCUGUAAAAAGAAUUCGUGUUUAAUAAAAAUAUUUAUAGUUA